CAGACUACAAGCUCCACUGAGCGGCUCGAGGACGGUUGCCUGGUGUUACCAGCGAGCCGCAAGUAUGGCGGCGGCGCGCGCCGACGGGACUUUGCCUCCGGGAGAAGGAUCAGUAGUCAAUUGGUCAGGACAAGGACUACAGAAAUUAGGUCCAAACUUACCCUGUGAAGCUGAUGUUCACACACUGAUUCUGGAUAAAAAUCAGAUUAUAAAAUUGGAAAACCUAGAGAAAUGCAAACAAUUAAUACAGUUGUCAGUGGCUAAUAAUCGGCUGGUUCGGAUGAUGGGAGUGGCCAAACUGACUCAACUCCGAGUAUUAAAUUUACCUCAUAACAGCAUUGGCUAUGUGGAAGGGCUAAAGGAACUAGUACAUUUGGAAUGGCUGAAUUUGGCAGGAAAUAAUCUUAAGGCCAUGGAACAAAUGAACAGUUGCACUGCUCUUCAACACCUCGAUUUAUCAGACAAUAACAUACCCCAGAUAGGUGACUUAUCUAAAUUGAUAUCCCUGAAGACACUGCUUUUACAUGGAAAUAUCAUCACCUCUGUUAGAACGGCACCUGCUUAUCUACCCAGAAGUCUUGCUAUACUUUCUUUGGCAGAAAAUGAAAUUCGGGACUUAAAUGAGAUCUCUUAUUUGGCAUCCCUUACUGAAUUGGAACAGUUGUCAAUCAUGAACAAUCCUUGUGUGAUGGCAACACCUUCUAUUCCAGGGUUUGACUACCGGCCGUAUAUCGUCAGCUGGUGUUUAAAUCUCAGAGUCCUUGAUGGAUAUGUGAUUUCUCAGAAGGAAAGUUUGAAAGCUGAAUGGCUCUAUAGUCAAGGAAAGGGGAGGGCCUAUCGGCCUGGCCAGCACAUUCAGCUUGUCCAGUAUCUGGCUACCAUCUGUCCUCUCACUUCUACACUGGGUCUUCAAACUGCAGAAGAUGCCAAACUAGAGAAGAUUCUGAGUAAACAGAGGUUUCACCAAAGACAGUUGAUGAACCAAAGCCAAAAUGAAGAGUUUGCUCCUAUUGAAAUAAGGGCACCCCUUUCACCUGAGCAUUCAAGCCCUGUUCAAGAUUGCCAGGGAGUCCAGGAAAAUGAACCUGUCAUCCAAGUCAAUUCUUGGGUUGGAUUAAGCAGUAAUGAGGAUCAGUUAUAUGCUGUUAUGAAUAACUUUCCACCCUCUGCACAUACUACAAGGUAUUCUCGAAAUGACUUGCAUCUAGAAGAUAUACAGACAGAUGAGGACAAGUUAAACUGUAGUCUUCUUUCUUCAGAGUCUACUUUCAUGCCUGUUGCUUCAGGAUUGUCUCCAGUGUCACCCACAGUGGAGCUGAGGCUACAGGGCAUUAACCUGAGCCUGGAAGAUGAUGGUGUUGCAGAUAAAUCUGUGAGAGGACUGGAAAAUCAGGACAUGAAUAAGGAAGAGUUAAAGGCUUUAUGGGGUACAAAUGAGAGUUGUGUCCAAAUGUUGAAAAGUAAGGUCUGUACAGAAGUCCAUGAGAAAGCUGGGAUAAUACCUUGUCAUGAGGCAGUGAUAGUCAGUGCAGUCUUGAAGGAUGCUGACCAUCAUCUUACAUCUCUUCCGGAACCAGCUAGCUGUAGUGUCUCACAUACAGAACCAGGGAGUGAUGAAACUGUGUCUCAAAUAGCUUUAGAGGAACUUCCCUGCAGAAUUUUAACCAAGACUUCUAUUGCUUUGGGACAAGAUAAUAUUGCUCUUCAGAAACUGAAUGAAGCAGCUACUAAGCUUCAGGCCUGUUGGCGAGGGUUUUAUGCCAGGAACUACAACCCUCAAGCCAAAGAGGUGCGCUAUGAAAUACGACUGCGCAGAAUGCAGGAGCACAUUGUCUGUUUAACUGAUGAAGUACGGAGAUUAAGAAAAGAAAGAGAUGAAGAACGUGUUAAAAAGUUUGUACAAGAAGAGGCUGUGAGAUUCCUUUGGAACCAGGUAAGAUCUUUACAAGCUUGGCAGGAGACAGUAAACCAGCGACUAAUUUCCUGGAAUAAGGAUGUUCCUCCUAUAUCAAGUACUCUGGUGCCAUCUGAACCUCCACUAGUCAUCCAAAGUCAGAACCUCUCUUUUGAUCAAAAUUCUGAUUGGUUCAUUGCUCAGGACCAAGUUCAAGAAAAAUCCGUACCUGAACUUCCAGAUUCUGGUUUUCAUUCUUCCCUCACUGAACAAGUUCACUGUUUGCAAGAUUCUUUGGAUUAUGAAAAAAGUUCCACCGAAGAUAGUGAAAGUUCCCUAGUGGGGAAUUCCAUUGACACUGUGAAAUACGGCAAAGAGCCAGAUUUAGGGGAUGUUAAUGAAGAACAUGGUGACUGGAGUAGGGAAAGCUCCAACACUGAGCAGGAUAAUAAUCUGCUUGAGCAAUAUUUAACUUCAGUUCAACAGCUAGAAGAUGCUGAGGAGAGGACAGAUUUUGAUGAAGGGUCAGGAGAGAGUAAGCUUCACAUAGCUCCCUCCCCAGGCAAGUUAGAUGCUUUGUCUGACAGUGCUUCUGUAGAUGAAACCCAAAACGGAUUUCCCGCUUCACAAGAUGAAGUCAGCCAGACACCAGAGAAUUGUAAAUUAAAUGUAGAAAUUCAGGGGCAGCAGGCAGAAUGUGAUUCCACAUUUCAGAUAUUGCAUGUUGGUGUUAUUGUAUAGUAUGUCUGUUUUGGGGUGAAACAGAAAUGGACUUAAAUUUUUCUAAGAAUGUUUUCAGUUGCCUUUCUUCUUUUUAAAGGGGAAUACCACUUCCCUAUUUUGUUACUAUUUAUAUAAAAUGGAUAUUCUUGCCUAAUAUUUUUCUGAUUCUAGAUAUUGAGUUUUUAUUUUGAUUUUGUUAGCUUUUUGGCUAUAAUGUAUUAAAAUAUUUAUACUGAAAGCCAUAUGCACUUUAUUUCUUAAUGCAUCAACAAUGUUCUUUUAUGUACUUCUUUCCUUUCAAAAAGUUUCCUAAGAAAGUAGGAAAAAUUACAUUAAUAACACAAACUAGGAGAAUUUUGGUUCUUCUGAGAAAAUUAUGUACUAAGAAUUGCAGUUGAUUAAAAUGAAUAUAAAUGACAAUUUUGAACUAUUGAAAUUUUCCAGAGUUUCCUUGAAAUGGAAACAUAUUAAAAUUUUUUUUCCUUCUCUCUGAGUCAAGGGAAACUUAUGUAAGUAAGUUUAGGAAGAAAAAUUGAGAUUAUAGAAUUUUUUUUUUAAGUGUAUUUGUGCUGGCUGUUGAAUCCAGGGAUUUGAGCAUGCUAAGCAUGUACUCUAUUGAGCUAUCCACUCAGCCUGUAGUUGAUCAGACUUUUAGUUAUUAAUUAUUCUUAGGCUGAUUGAAUUGUUUUAUAGAAAACUUAGCAAGUUUUAUCAAAAAGUUUUAAUGCAUGAAUAAAGUAUUCCAUCCAAGAUUAAAAUCAAGCGUACUUAAGCAAUGUAAGAAUCUCUCUUUGAUAUGAAGAGAGGAGAUGCUAGGCUCCAUUCACUUGAAAUAAUGCUGAGGCCAAAUGUUUUAUCUUUUGAUUAAGUGCUUUUUUAUCCUACAGGCAAGCACUUAUGUGCCAAUAUAUGACUAGACAUGAACGUAUAUCUAUCUCCUCUGUUCCUGGUUAUAUUUCCAUAUAUAUGUAUUUGCAGAAGGUCCAAAGUCCGAGAUCAUUUGCAGUUUUUUUUCCCCCUCAACCUUGGGAAUUCAACUCAGGGCCUUGUGCAUGCCAGGCAAGUGUUCUACCGCUGAGCUACAUUGCCAGCCCUCACUUCUAACCUUUGACCCAUAGUGAAGAACAUUUAAAACAAAUACUAGUGGUAGAGGAGGAGUAAUUUUU